CAUCUCUCCCGCAGCAGCUCCGUCCCUACACCUUCUCUGCUCGCUCCCUCUACGAACCUAGUCACCUACUAUCCGCGCAAGCAAGCGACCUCGACGCGAACAACUAGUCAGUCCCGCCUCUUCUACAUCCUUCCACGAUCCCACUCUUACUACAAGCGCAACCUCGAGCUACUAUCUGACAACCCGCAACUCCCAGAUCCUCGUUCUUAACUGCAUAACUGGUCACUAUGUCAGACAACGACAACACGAAUCACUACCAGCACCAGCCCGAGGAGCAGGCGCCUACAGAGCACCUGAACAUCAAGGUCACGGACAACAACAAUGAGGUCUUCUUCAAGAUCAAGCGGACCACGCAGCUGAAGAAACUCAUGGACGCCUUCUGCGAACGGCAAGGCAAAUCGAUUCAGAGCGUGCGCUUCUUGUUUGAUGGGACGAGGGUACAGCCGCAGGAUAAUCCAGAGUCGCUCGGCAUGGAGGACGGAGAUACCCUCGAGGUCCACCAGGAACAGAUUGGUGGCUGCUGAGACGCUGUGCUCUUCCUGCUGCACAUUGCGGGCAUCCAGACAACAGCCGAUCAUUUCGGACCCACACUCGGCAUCCCGCUCUGCUCUGGUAACCGACCAAUCCGCCGUGCUACAUACCCUGCUACAAGUUUGGUGGUUGGGACGAGGAGUUCGAAGGCUAGGGUUUGAUCUUGGGACACCUGAUGCAAUAGCUGGCUUUUGGUGAAGAAUUGGCUACAGGGGAAGACUGACGACGGCUGCACACGGAGGGUAGUAGUGCCGUUUUUUCUUCAGUGUACCUUACUGAGGUCUUGAUGGGAGGCCAAUGUUAAAUGAGGAAUGGUUCAUGAACACAUUA